CAACCCUCUUUAAUUUCCUCAUCAACAUCGUCGUCUCAACCUUCCUUUCAUAAACUAAAAUCAAUUGACUCGUUUGCAGAUCCGUUUGAGCAGGCAUGGUCAAGACAUAGCUCAAAAAAUAACCUCACUUUUGACUUUCAUCAUACAACAACGCAUGAUCAUCAUCUUCCUGAUAUGAAUUUGAUCCAUGCCUGGGAGAUGCACCACCAAGAACAACAUGUUCCCGAUCAUCAAGUGCAAACAACCCUCUCUGGUAUCUCUGCUGCCUCCCCACCUGAUUUUAACGCCUCGGAAUUUGAAUCCUUUCAAUAUCUACCUACCAUUGACGGUAGCUCUAUACAUGUGGAAAAACAAGAGAGUGUAUGGGCUCAGGAAUGGUCUCGUCACGAACAAGAGACCGCGGAAAGUGAUGAUGAAGAUGAAUUCAGAGAAGAAUGGAGUAAUGAUCACUUUACUCAGGCUUAUAUCAAUAGCCAUCAAUCUCAAUUCCGUGCAAUUGAGGAGCAAGACUGCUUGAAGGAAGCUCGUUUAGAGGAAGAGCGAGAAAGGCUAAGACAGGCUUCAGGUGGCCCACCUCGGUCGGCCUGGCUAAUGGCCGGUGUUACUACUAUAUCUGAACAGAAAACGGCAGGAGGAGAAACAGGUUCAACUCUGCAGCCCCCGAGACGUUUGCCUGUACCUAGGUUGGAUCCGCUCAAACAGGAGAUAGCACAAGAGCACCAGCAUUCAAUGUUUAGUAUAGACGAGUUCAUGAGCUUCGACUACCACCAUGACUAUAACCAACCACAAACCACUCUACAGCCAUCACUGCGACCAUCAAACCCCGUACAGGCUAAAGACCGAUUUAUGACGCUCGUGAGCGACUUGCAUCUUGCAGAACAAACCUUCUACCCUGGUGCUACUUCCGCCACUUCAAAUGAAAUGGAUGACACAGCUGCUUUUACUUCUACUAUGCAUCCCCAAAUACAAACUGGAUGGUCACAAGAGUUCGAGGGAAACAACCAAGUAAAACACAGAGGUGCUGAAUGGAACUGGGAAAAAACUUUUGGAAAGGACCCACGACGACAGAUGAAGGCUACAGAAGCUCACUUGGUUAUCAGUCGAGAGAAAAAUGGAGAUUUGGACGAAAGCGAACGACUCAAAGCAGUGGCAUUAACACGUUUGCAGGCGCUGUUUGGACAUCUGUCUUUCACACCUCCAACAUCAUAGACCUUUCCAUACUGAUGGCAGUUGUUUGAAGUGAUUCAAGAGGG